CUGGCUGCCGUCAGCUCUGCCGCCGACAUCUACCCCAACUACGAAUACGGCAACAUGUUCUACCUGGGCCCGACCACCAAUGGCGCCUACAUAACACGUGCCACCUACUCUCUCUCCGUACCCGCGCCCCCAACCGACUAUCUAACCACCAACGCGGACGAGCGCUGGCUCAGCCUGUGGAUCGGGCUGCAGGACAACCCUUCCAACAGCGAUGUCUUGAAUAUGAACUUCGUGCAGCCGCUGUUGAACUGGGGCCCCAACAACGAGGUCUGGGGUUGCAGUGCGGAUGAUGAGCACUGGUGUGCGGCGGCGAGUACGUAUACGCCGCAGGGCCAGAUUGGCCAGGCCUACGUUCCGAUUCCUGACAAUGCUACGCUCGACUUUGUUGUUGAGCAGAACGAGAGCACAGGCAUGAUCGACCAGAGUAUCAGCUUGGCCGGCAGUGUUAUCUCGAAGGAGAGCGAUAGUAAGGGUAUGGAUCCUGCGGUAUUCUACUCGGGAACUGAGUGCUAUGCUGAUGGCUGCGGUACUCUUGGUGCGCACAGCUGGUUCAACAUUACUCUUGUUCUCAACAAGGCGGAUGCAGAUUUCGAUAAGACGAUGACUCUUACGGGUGCGACGAGCUCGGGGAUGGAGACGAGUGAUGAGGGAAAGACGUGGACUAUUGAGAGUAUUGUUAUUGAGAAG